AAAUUGCAGCACCUAGUUCUGAGCCACAACGCCGCCAUGUACGGUACCAAAUCUCCUGUUCCCACCCUGCUGCUUCUUUCCUUAUGAGGCUUGCAUACCGAUGGAGGACGACGAAGAAGUAGCGGUGCCGGGAUACGUACGCGAUGUCGAGGAACUGCUCCGAGACUAUGUGCAGCGCGGCGAUCCGUCUCUGGCGGCGUUUAAAGCUGUGUGGCGCGCGCGCCGUUUCUCGUUCGUCCACGACGCGUGCCCUAAAGACAUCGACCCGCGCCGCUUCCUGCAGCUGCUCUUCGGCGCGGCCCUAGGGUUCUUGCAGGCUGUGCCAUCCGCUUGUGGUGCCCCCCCCGCCACACAUUGCAGCCCCGACGCCACCGCUGCUGCCGCUGCUGGCGCUGCUGCUGCCCCUGAGACCCCUUCCCCUGACGCCACUGCCGCCAGUGCUGACGCCCCUGCUGCUGCUGCCAACGGCAAUGCCGCCGGUGCUGCUGAAGCGCGUCAAGCAGCCGAGCGCGUGCCUUUUACUCACGGGCAAGGAGCGAGGGAGGGAGUGGCACGGGAGGAAGGGGAGGAGGGGGUUGAGGGGGGAAAGGGCGAGGAGGGUCGCCUGUUUGUGGGAGGGCGUCUGCUGUCGGCAGUGGGAGCGGUGUUCACCCUCUAUUGCCUCUUCAACACCCAGCGCACCGCUCCCUAUCCGCCCACCCUCAUCUACCUCCCCAUUGACUCUCUUCGUCUCUUGCUCCUAUUUGCCAGGGAAGCCCCCCACCACAGGGCAUGGGACGCCGUGGCUGCCCUGCAAACCCUCUUCUUCGGCCCACAUCCCUCCCAUCCUUUUUCUCCUCCCCCCGCUUCAUCCUCCUCCUCCUCCCCUUUUCCGAAUUCGUCUCCGCCCUCAUCGGCGUUUGUGGUGGGAGCGAUGCCGCUGCCGCAGCAGCUGCAGGGGGACGUGCAGCAGCGGGCGGCGCAGGCGAGGAGACUCGUGGAGCAACAGCUACGGGUCAUGAAGCAGAAGCUCUUUGCUCACCUGCCCAUUGAGCGCCACAUUCAGUCCGAUGCUUGUGAGGCAGUGGAUGUGGAGCAAGCCGAUGCGGCAUGCUGGCUGUACGACAACUCCCUGCAGCGCCUGAGAACCUGCGGGUUACUCACAGAGGGUGCAUCCUUUGCACAAGAGGGCGAGCUAGCAGCUGUCUUCUCAGCCUACAGUGCAGCGAGAGAGGCAGCCGUGGGGGCAAUAGGCCAGAGGGAGAGCUAAUCACGUGGGGGAGGCGGCAGUGGCUGCAAUAGCCACGUGUAGGAUAGCAGCAUUGAGACAUCGCCCAAGGGCGAGCUGGCAGCGGUGUUCUUAGCGUACAGUGCUGUGAGGGAGGUGGCUGUGGGAGAAUUGAGACAGGAUGAGACAUGGCCAUGUGUUGUAUAGGGGGCACGUUGUGUGGGCGGCGCGUUGUGUGGGCGGCGCGUUGUGUGGGCGGCACGUUGUGUGGGCGGCACGUUGUGUGGGUGGCACGUUGUGUGGGCGGCAUGUUGUGUGGGUGGCACGUUGUGUGGGCGGCUCGUUGUGUGGGCGGCUCGUUGUGUGGGCGGCAUGUUGUGUGGGUGGCACGCAUCUGUUGGUCCGUGGCGCAAGAGGGCGAGCUGGCAGCGGUGUUCUCAGCCUACCGUGCAGCGAGAUAGGUGGCUGUGUUGGUAAUGAGGCAGGGAGGGAGGCAGCCAGCAACGUUUGUGAAAUUCUCGAUACUUGGGUACCUACUGGUACUUCAAUUCGUCAGCGUGCCUUGCCCUUCCAGUACCAUGGCUUGGGAUGAGCUUGCUUGCCGUGCCAUGUGCAUAAGACGUCUUGCCCAUGCUGUGUCUUGCCCGUGCUGUGCCUUGCCGAUGCUGUCCCUUGCCGAUGCUGUGCCUUGCCGAUGCUGUGCCUUGCGGAUGCUGUGCCUUGCCGAUGCCGUGCCUUGCCCAUGUAGUACCAUGUAUAUGCUGCCAGCUCCUGACUUCCCACAUGACCCACACCACUCCACAUGGCCCUGCUAUCAAACUGAGAGAAGUGAAUGAUAGGGUAGAGGGAGAGUACAGAUAGAUAUACCUAAGCAUUGUACCCUCUAAGAGGUGACCCUAUA